CAGAUAGUGAAAAUAGUACAAUUUUAGAUUCACACACAUUAUUUCAGUGAAAGACCGACCAGGGCUUGUUACUCAUCACAGUGGAAAAAAAAACACAAAAAGAUGGCUAAAAUUACUGUGCAGCUGCGUCUUCCAAACAGUUGAGAUCUCACUGUAAAUCCUGAGUUUUGAUGUUGGGGGCAAAAGCUGGUAGAACCCUAGAACCGUUUGCAAUUGGGGGGUUUUCAACUUCGAUUGUGACAUUCAUCUUAUGUUCCGAAUUUAAUUAUCUUAUUUUGCUCUUCUGCCGAUUAUGUGUUGAACUUUCGGAUAAAUUCUAGUUAUCAGGCAUCGUUUGGAGAGAGUAUCAUCAUAUUCUCUCCAUGGAUAAAAGCAGUAAUGAGCAGAUAGAGAUAUUUUCCCAUCCGAACAGUCUAGAAAAAUCCAGUGAAGGUAACCGCGACUUUUUUAGUGACUUGCCGGACCCAAUUAUCGUUCACAUUCUUUCCUUUUUACCGCUACGUGAUGCCAUUAGAACUGCUGUUCUUCCGAGAUUCGGUAAACUGUGGCUUAGCUUGCCGGUUCUUGAUUUGGACAACUGUGUGUACCAUGAGGAUGAUGAAGAUGUGGAUUUCAACAGUUGUGACGUUGAAAACUUCAUGCAUGUAGUUCAUCAGGUCUGGAAUCAUCACGAUGAGAACAUGCUGGAUAAAUUGCACCUCAGGUUUGCUCUUGGGCAUUCUUAUUCAUCUGGCAUCGAUCCCGAUCGUUAUAAUAAUCCCAACUUUAGUGAUUUUGAAAGACGGGAGGUGGAGAUAAAUAUGGCCGCCAUAUAUCACGCGGAUAAGUUAAUCAGUUAUGCCGUGAGCAGAAAUGUCAAGGUUUUGGAUCUCGAUUUUAAGGGCUGUAAGUUUUUUGUGAAAUAUUAUAAGUUACCGGAUGUUUUAAGUACAGGAUACUUGACGAAUUUACGCUUGGCCGCUUGUGACAUAAGAUCUUGCAAGCAAAUAAAUCUGCCGGCACUUAGAGCCUUGUUUCUCUACAAGGUUUUGUUGAGUGGUGAAGCAAUAGAAAGAAUCUUGAAUGGUUGCCCGUUUCUUGAGGAUCUGUCUGUGGUUGAUUGUCAUGGCUUUCACCAGUUGAGUUCCAAAAAUCCAAACUUGAAGAAGUUGAUGCUUAGUGUGGCUGUGAAUGACAGGCUUGUUCAUGUGGAGUGUCCUCAUGUAGAGUCAAUAGUAAUAUGUGGGUGUAUCGAUGCCGUGACUUUGCAUCAUGUCUCAUCUUUGGUCGAAGCUUCUGUCUACUUUAGCGGCUUAUCAAGAUGCCCGCCCACGCAUUAUCCUGUAGUGCAAGACCUACUGUUCAUGGUUCGCAAGUGCAUAAGUUUCAGCAUAUGCAGUUGGAGUAUUGUGUUGAUGUCAAUAUGGAAGGUGCAAAAAGUCCUUUGCCCACUGUUCGAGUGGAAGCAUGUCAAAGUUAAACUUCAUCUCACGAAAUGGCACCUUCCGGGGCUUUCUCUCCUCCUGAGAUGUUCUUCUUCUUCUCUUGUGGAACUUACGAUGCAUACCUCUUGUCAGACUGAGGGCCCAUUUUGGAGGUGGCAAAGUGAUUUUGAUGGAGAGGUACACUUGAACUCACAGGAGGCAACCUUACCCUGCCUUGAGAGCAUUAUGAUACAUAGCCGCCAUAUAGGCGACCCGUGUUUCAUCCAGAUUGUCAAAUUUCUACUGAAAAAUACUCCGAGGUUACAGAAAAUGGUAAUUUCAACCAAGAAAGCAUUUACCUCAGAACAACUGCAUGAGCUCUCUGAAGAGUUGUUAUCAUUGCCUAGAGCCUCAUCGGAGGCAAUGGUGUGCAUCUCUUAAAACCCGGUUAUGAGUUGCUGCUUAAGACCUCCUUGUUGUUUUUGAGGUUGAACUACUUUAAAAAUGUGGCUUGUAAUAUGUGGAAACUGGAAAAUCAUUAGAUCACUUUCUUCUACUACUAGUGCGUGGCCCGUG